AUGGGAUGCAUCCAGUCCAAGUCCGAGCUUCACAGUCGCGCCGACGGACGCACCAGCGACGGCGGCGGUGGUGCUGGUGCUUCGUCGACGAAAGAGCGGCGCGGACAGUCCAGAGGAAAGGGUCGAACCAAGACUGUUAGCAUGCAUGGGAAACCGAAGAAGCGGGACCCGGGAACGGCGGCAACGGCGGCGGAGGCGGAGGGGAAGGAGGAGCGGGCAGGGACAAGUGCUGUAAGAGAUGCGGCUGCGGAAUCGAAGCAACUCGCGGCAGGUGAUGAGAGAGAAGAGAGCGAAGGUGGUUUAUUGGGAAAUUAUAAGUCAACUGAGGGAGCAGUUGACGGAGCAGCUGACGAGGCAGCUGACGGAGCAGCUGACGGAGGGGACGCCUUGGCAGCGAAGGCGUUACAGGGAGGGGAAGCAACGACGCAGGGGGCAGCGAGGGAUGACGGCUUGGAAAACCAGCAAGACGGUGGUGACGUGGACGCGGAAAAUGGCGAGUUGUUAGGUGUUGUCGGGUUGGACGGAGGUGAGUGGGCUGACCCAACGGACGGUUUGCAAGACGGUGCAGAGGAGUUCAUUUUCGAUCCGGAUGUUCUGGCGAGCUUUGAGGAGGACCUUCGGAGAGAGAGGGAGUAUCAGCAGACGCUGGAGCAGCUGCUGCUGAACCUACUCCCUGACCAAGGGACUGGGCCGGAUGGGAAUGAGGAGGGCGGGGAAGGUGGAGGAGGAGAGGGAGGUAAAGGGGAAGGGGUUACAGGAAUAGCAGUUCCGGGGGUGGGGACUGCACCUGUGGACGGCGCUACUGGUGAUGCUGGCACUGCUGCUGGUGCGGGCGCUGCUGCUGGUGCUGGCACUGCCACGCGCUCUGAUGCUGUGGGAACAGCAAACUCUGUAUCCGAUGCCGCAGCCAUUGCCUCCAUUGUGGCAGGCACAUACGAGCAAUCAGGAGGCACGGGCGGGCAUUCAGGUCGCACAGGCGAGCUUCCAGAAGGCAGAGUGGAAGGUGCAGGCACUAGAGAGCAUGCGAGUGCUGGCAUGCAUGCUGCUAUUACAGGUGCUGCUGCCAGGAAGGAGGGAGUGCAAGAACAGGUGUCCAACAGGGAAGACGAGGAAGUGGAGGAGGGGAAGGGGAAGGGGGGAGAGGAGGACGAGGAAGAGGGAGAGGAGGAGGAAGAAGAAGAGGGAGAGGGAGAGGGAGAGGGAGGAGGAGAGGGAGAGGGAGCGGGAGUGGAUGUGGGCGAUUUCCUAUUCGACCCGGAUUUACUGGAUGCUAUGGAGGCGGCUUUGGAGCAGCACAGCGCGGCAGACUGGCAGCGAAUCACCCCCCUCGCCAGCCCCAUGCAUGCUGCUGUCGCGAACAGCAGAGUUAGCCCCAUGCAGGCCGCUAUGGUGGGCGGCAGGGUUAGUCCCAUGCAUGCUGCUCUGGUGGGCGGCAGGGUUAGUCCCAUGCACGCUGCUCUAGUGGGCGGCAGGGUUAGUCCUAUGCACGCUGCCUUGGUGGGCGGCAGAGUGAGAAUAGGAAUAGGACAAGCCAGCCCACGGCCUGCAAACUUGGCAGCUGGCAGGACAGCACACGGGGCAGAAGAAGCGGCACCAGGUGUUACAGCGAGCACAUCAGCUCCAGCACUGCCAGGCAGGGGUGGUGGUGCGCAGGUGGCAGGGGCAGGGGCGGGCAGGGUGGCGAGUCCCAGGCAAGGCAGCUUGCGCGGUGGGGUGAGCAGCCCCUCAAUGCGACAGGUGACGGACCCCAGUGCUCCUGGUGCUGCGGCAGAGGAGAAUGGGGCAAACGCUGCAGCAGGAGAGGCGGCAGGUGAUGCAGGGAAGGAGGCGGGUGCAGCAACACAAGGGGAGGAGGCAGGAGUGAAGGAGAAGGAGCCGGUGAUAGAAGCAAAGCCGGUUGUUGACCCUGGACCCCCUCCCCCUCCUCCGCGGUCUCAGCUGCUAGAAAGUAUCGAACAGCGCUGCCCGCCGGGCGGGGUAGACGCAGUGGUGGUGUAUACAACCACGCUUCGGGCAGUAAGGAAAACGUUCGAGGACUGCGUCAAAGUGAAGAAGGUGCUGCAGGCCCUACGAGUGGUGUACGAGAAGAGACACAUCUCCAUGCGUGUCUCGUUUAUAAGCCGCCUCAAAAACACUCUCCACUCCAUACCUUCCCCAAACACACUACCCUGCCCUUCCUCCCUCCAAGCCCUACGAGUGGUGUACGAGAAGAGACACAUCUCCAUGCGUGUCUCGUUUAUAAGCCGCCUCAAAAACACUCUCCACUCCAUACCUUCCCCAAACACACUACCCUGCCCUUCCUCCCUCCAGGCCCUACGAGUGGUGUACGAGAAGAGACACAUCUCCAUGCGUGUCUCGUUUAUAAGCCGCCUCAAAAACACUCUCCACUCCAUACCUUCCCCAAACACACUACCCUGCCCUUCCUCCCUCCAGGCCCUGCGAGUGGUGUACGAGGAGAGGGACAUUUCCAUGCGCGUCUCGUACAGGCAAGAGCUCAAAACGCUCAUGGCACCCGGAGCAGCAACCCCUGCAGCAGCAGCAGCUGCCGGCUCUGUCCCGCGCCUCUUCAUCUGCGGUCGUUACAUCGGCGAUGCCGAUACUGUGCUCCAGAUGUAUGAUGAUUACUUUCUAGCUGAGUUAAUCCAAGGGUUGCCGACGACUGAUGAUGAUGCGGGGAAGACUGGGUGUGGGACGUGCGGCGGCAGCAAGGUGGUCACAUGCCGGCAGUGUGGUGGUAACCACAAGGUGGUGACGAGUUAUGGCAUGCGGAUAUGCUCGCACUGUGAUGACACUGGGCAUGUGCCGUGCCACACCUGUGGUGGGUAG